AUGACACAAACAAUUCGACAAUUUAAUUAUUCGUAUGACGGCAACGGUUGGUCUCCAGAGAUGUUAAAAGAAGAAAGCGCUGAUGUCGAUAUCAGCGAUAUAAAUAUUGUAUUAAUUUGUAACAAUGAUAUUCGGCUGGCGACUCAAAUUGUGAACAGGUUAAGAAAGCGGGGAGCUAAAAAAAUUCGUUUAUGCUAUCCCGAAGAACUACAAAUUAAAUUCGUAAAGGCCGAUAUCGAUGCGAUCGGAGUGCCAGUUUACUUGCAGUCCCAAGCUUACUUCGAAUGGAACAUAAUAGAUGCGACGGUUGUGAUCAGCUUAUUAUAUAAUAAUUUCGAUAAGCAAGAAAUGUUAUUUAACGCAUGUAUUCGACAGAGAGUUUCGCUUUUCAUUACUUGGGACUCUGGAAUGGAGCUGGAACUAUUCGUUAAAGAUAAAGAAUGUCCUCGAACAAGGUUGCAUAAAAAAUUGUUAGAUCAUCAAAUGAUAUGUAAAACUAACCCGUGUGGAAUGCAUUGGAUUUUAUUUCAAGUCGGUAUCUUUGACGAAGAAAUUCUAAAACAUGACAUUUCUACAAUAACGACUGCAUUCAAUAGUCCCAAUCAAUACAUAUUCUUGAAUGUUACAGUUAAAGAAGAUUUAGCUCAAUUAGUCGUUGAGUCCAUGGUGUCAAGAACAAUCCAACUUGAUAGAAAUUAUGUUGUAGGUGACUUCAUUGCUCAUACAUUUCUAGGUCAUGUAUAUCAAGUCGCAAAUAACGGCAUGAAAUAUAAUCAUAAGAUGCCAGCAUCCAUAACUGAGUUCGAAACCUCAAAUCAAUUGCGCUUGGCUGGUAUUGUUUCUGCACGACCUCUUCCGCGAAUACUAUAUCCAGGGUGUAGUAUAUUUCUUCAAAAACUUG